AUGUACCCCCUCAACUUUCGCUCCCUCGAGCAUGCUGCAGCACAACUUAUCACAGCUUACGAGACACUCUACAACGCCAGUACCAGUCAAUCCUCCGACCAACCUAAUCUACAUUCUAGUCUGAACUCAAUAUCAACUCCGCGAAAUUUAAUCAGACCUACUCCUCUUCGCCUUACCGCACUUCCACUUAAGGAGGAGCUCCCUCUUGAUCUAUCUGCUCAAAAUCGCCAAACUGUCAUACAUGAUGGCGGCCAAUCUCAGAGGACAAGCAGUGACUCGCAGCCUCUUUUGCCGACUCGCAUUGAUGGAAAAAUGAACGCCGAGUGGAUUGCACUCAAGCUCGCUGCAUCUGCUGGCAGCAACAGAAUGUCGUAUCCUAGAGAAUUCAAGCUGAUGGUCAUCGACUACUACCAAAGGAACGGUCAAAACAAGUACCGCACUUGUAAGGAAUUUCAAAUCACCAAGUCUAUGCUGAAUGGAUGGCUAUCGAAGAUUGAGAAGAUACGCGAGUCAAGACCAGGGUCGCUGAAAUCAGGCAGAAGUGGACGAAGGCCCCAGUUUCCCGACAUUGAAAAGCAAUUAUUCGCAUUGUAUUGUCAACGUGUAGAAAACGGUAGCAAAGUAGGCAACCGCUGGUUGAGGGAGAGAGCUCGCGAGCUGGCUGGGGAUGUCAACGUAGCAUGCCAAUUCUCGGAGCGAUGGCUGAGCAACUUCAAGAAACGCUUUCACAUAAAUCUUCAACGCGAAAGUGACUCUUCCACAGAUUCGCACUCGAUUCAUUCCACGUCAAGCGAUAAACACGCUUACUCGGACGCUGAAACUGAUUCAUUCAACGAUUCCACUGAGCAGGACGUUGAGAUACGCAAUGAGGUCGUCGCUGAGAUUGUAAACCAACCUGGACAGCUUCCUAUUCAGGCAUUCUAUGAGAAAUUCCCUUGGUUAUGCAAAAAGGGUGUUCAAGUCGAAGCAGGAAGACGUGGACGAAAAGUGCAAUUUCCAGAUGUUGAGCGAGUACUGUAUGAACGUCUCUUGGAGAAGCAGAAGACCGGAGAACGAAUUUCGAAUCGUUGGCUUCAAGAUCAGGCACGAGAUUUGGCGGCAGAGCUCUGCCCUGGAAUUCUGGAAGAAGCCGUGAAGUCUUCACGAUGUCUCUUCUCCGAACACUGGCUCCACAACUUCAAGAAACGCUAUGGAAUCAGCCUCAAGUAUAAAUCUACGCCAUUAAUGGACGUUCCAGAUAACGUCGCUCUCUCAAAGCAGUCGCCCUCGACCGCUGACGCGAUCGAUGCCAACCUAGCGGUUCUUCACCUACAAGCCUGGUUUAUGAACCAAGGCUAUGCAUCGCCUUUGUGGUCACCGGGUAACUCCUCAGAUUGCAAAUUUUAA